AUGGGGAAGAUAACGAAGCAGAUGCAGCCCAAGCAUGCUGAGACUCUGUCUCCAUGGCUCAAGGACUUUGUCACGUCGGCAUGCUCCACACCUUUGCCUCUCCUUCCAGACCACCUCCACAAGUUUCCGACAAGAUGGCCGUACCCGAGAGGUGACCUGUAUCACUGGAUCCCUCUCCUGAACCGAUUCGACGAUAUCUUGGACUGCUUUAGCACCACCUACAACCUGGAGCAGGGCCCUCAGAACCGCGACUUCGGCCGUGAUCUGCUCCUCAACCAAGGCGCCAAGACCGAAACAUAUGGUGAUCAGACCUGGGAUAACGAUGGUCUUGCCAAGUUGGGCUACAAUGCAGAUGGAGACAGGCAGCUUAUUGAGGCUGUCCUCAAGUUCACCCGUACACUCCUGCAGCACUGCGGCAACCGAAGCAUCUACUCUAGCAGCAUGGUCCUGAACAAGCUGCUCAAUACUACAGUUCUGUCGCUUCUUCUUGCAACUCUACAGGUUAGUGCCGAGUUGGCUCAGCGUUACCAAGCUUCCGUGAAGAGGAUAGGAAGCGCCUCCCGCACAGUCAGCACUGCUCUGUUGAGCAAUCACUACCAGAUCGACCUCGACCGCGUGAAUAGCGUCGCUCUCCCCUUUGCCAAGACUCCGAUUGUCAGUCUCUCAGACUCGGCGGCUACCGCUACGCCCACAUCGAGUGCCAAGGGCAAGGAAAAGGCUCCGGCGCCCAGCCAUAAAAACGCCGCAGCCAUGUUCGCCAACGACUUGGGUGCUGUUCUUACACCAGACAAUACGCGCUGGAACGGCUGGGGAGAUAUCAAGAUCACUUAUACCGUGGCCUCGACCGCAAAGGACCACCCUGUCUCGAUGGCUCCUGAUCGCAUUGGUUCAAACAUGCCCUCUACACCAACUCCGCUGAGGCGCAGCACGACAGCCGGAUCCCAGCAUAACACCCCGAGAUCCGCUCGUCAGGCCGGCGUUGACGAGGCUUCGCCGUUGAGUACACGAAGCCCCCUCGUCGCCAAUGACCAUGCCAAGUCGAGUCAGAGAAUCUUCGAUUUGCCGCAAUCAGUCGUUGCUUCUACGCCCAUCUAUGAGCUCCUUGCACGUUGCCCUGCGGAUAUGCCGGCCUCGGCCAAGUAUGAGGUUCUCAACCGCCUGAGAGUAGCCAAGGCUCUCCUGGAAGGUGCCGAGUCUAGACAGCAAGCACUUGCCGUCCGUCUACUUGCCAUCCAAAACCUGGCCUACAUCCAUCCAGAGACGACUUUCGUCGAGAAGGUUCUGCGUCACGACAACGACGAAACGCGACGCUAUCAGUUGGCUUAUCAACUGGCGGAGCUCAUUCACCCGCCGGCCGAUGGUUCCAUUCAAGUACCGCUGUGGCUUCAGUCCAUUGUCUUGGCCCUCCUCGAGGUCAUCUCAAACUAUGCGGCGAGAUACCAAGAUGUUUUGUCGGCCCUGAAUGCGAAUGUCAACCACGGAAUUCUCUUGUACGUCAUACGAAAGGCUGUCGCGGGUAUGAAGACGAGUGAACCCGACCGCGGUAUCCAUACCACUGAAGUCGACCAGUGGCGUACCAGCCUUUUCUCUUUGACCACUCACUUGGCCAUGUCCACUAGAAUCGGGGCUGAGAUGGUGACGGCCGGACUGAUGGAUAUCCUGGUGGAGAUUCUCAAAAUCAGGUCCGAUGUCGCCCAACGCAAUCAAUCCAUGAUUUUGGCCUUCCUCGACGGACUGAUUUGGACCUACCAGAAUGCAUUCCAGUCCUUCUUCAGCGGACCUGGUCUUGAUGCUAUCUCCGAGCUCCUCGUCACGACGGUGGCCGAUUCGAAACAACUUGUGCAAGCUGGACAGGGUAACACACCUGAACACUACUGCCAGGUUGUUGAUUAUGAGAUCCCCUACAAUCAACAGCAGACCCUGAAAUGGGUUCUCAAGUUCAUCCAUCAUAUGAUGACAAACUCUUACACCUACGGCGGAAAUACUGAUCGACUUCUCCGUAAUCUCGUUGACAAAUCGGAGCUGUUGGCCAGCUUGCGAGACAUCAUGCAGAACACGAAGCGGUAUGGAUCGGUCUUGUGGACGACUACAGUUACGGUGCUUAGCGAUUUCAUCAACAACGACCCUACAAGUUUCGCUGCCAUUUCAGAAUCUGGAAUCAUCGUCACCUAUCUGGAAGCCAUCACUGGCCAUCCAGUCACCUCUCAGCCUACCAUUCCACCUUCGCAAGACGCCGAGGAGCAAGCGGCAGACACCGCUGACCGCGGUGACAACAAUGGCGAGAAUAACACCGAUCGAGACAACAGAGACCGUGACGACGAUGACGAAGGCAGCCCUGAGUCCUCUGAGGCUUCCAUCCAGAUCGAGCCUGAUACUCGAUCUCACCCGCCCCCCGAGGAAGAGAUCGCCCAAUCACAUGAGCGUCGCCCGCUGGCCCAAGGCAUUUUGCCGACAUCCGACGCCAUCAACGUUGUCCCGCAAGUUCUCAACUCCAUCUGCCUGAAUAAUGCAGGCAUGAAGAUGGUAGCCUCCUCUCGCGCCCUUGAAUCGUUCCUCGAAAUUUUCGAAAGCCCUGCCCACGUCAAUGCCAUGGAAACCGACCCUCAUCUCGCCAGCAAUGUGGGUGCUAGCUUUGACGAACUCGCCCGGCACCAUCCCAAUCUGAGGCGUCCAAUCUCGAAUGCUGUGAUCGAUAUGGUUGCUAGGGUGAGGUCCUUUGGUAUUUACAAGGCCAAGACUGCUGGCUGGGGCGCGAAACUGUUCAUCAGUGACGGUUCACAGAACCCCUCUUCAGCGGAUGAGAAGUACAAGGAUCUGGUACUGCACCCAUCUACUGAACCCGCUACCGAAGGUAAAGGAAAGGGGAGAGGCGACAAUUCCGACGUCGAAAUGUCAGAUGCUACCGAAGCUACGGCGCAGAAGGGAACUCCGGGUAACGAGGAGCCGUCUACGUCUACAACAGCGUACGACGACAUUACGCCUUACGUCUACGCCCUGUCAAGCUUCCUCUCAGCUUACCUCAAUAACAAUACGCUCAAGGCUUACUUCAUUACCCAUGGAGGCAUUGAGCUAUUGCUAGACGUCGCAGAGCUGCCCAGUCUGCCGCACGACUUUUGCGACUCGCAUGCAGCCCGAACCCUGCACCUGGUCAUUUCCCAGCUUGUCGAGCAGUCUCCGGUUCUUGGCUUGCCUUCCCUCCUCAGGCGCGCACAGGCUUCGGUCGAUACACUCAAACCUUUAGCCGAGUACAAGCAAGACUCUCCCUACUUUCAUCCUUUCCUCGGUCUCGACGGCAAAUUGACGCUCGAUGAAGUCCGUAGUCUUGACCCCUCGGUGCAAGAACGCAUCUUCAACGGCAACAAAAUGGUCAAGGCACUGCUUACUGCGCAGUCGCUGAUCAAGACGUUGUAUGAAUGCUUCACGUCUUCACCGCGCUCCAACUCAGUUCAGCUGUAUCCCAUCAAUGUCUUUGACUACUAUCUCGAACUCGUCAAGUCAUUGGGGCCGCUUUUGAAGGCUGUCCUGGCAGAAGAGGGCGCUGGGCAUAAUGUGCUGCCCCAACACUGGUGGGCUAAGCGGCCGGCUCCUGGAAGUGACGUUAUGGUAUCCAUCAGCGGAGCUGCUGGAGUUCAGAGCGUUGGCGAGGGCGAAGGCGAGAACGAGGUGGCAUCAGCCCCGGCUGAGCCGUCGGACUCUGCGUCCGGUGCUGUGCCUGCUACGGCUCCUAGCACUCAGCUCAAGACACCAACUAAACAAGAGCAAGCCACUUUCCGGUACAAGAACUACGAGACCCUUCGCAUCCUCCUCCACUCAAUGGUUCCCUCGACCUUUCCCUUCUUCCAGCAACUCGGCAAAGCUCUCUUCCCAAGACGCGAACGCGAUCCUUAUUCACGUCCGAAGCACAUUGAUAUCGCCAGAGAGUUGUCAGGGACGAUUUUGGCGCAGCUAGCUCCUUCAGUUGACCCUGCUGAACCUACAGGCAAGGAGUACCACUAUUGGAUCAUUAUGCUUCAUACCUUGACAGAGAUGUUGAUGGACAACACUCGAGCAUCAGGAGAACGCCCAUCGGUCCAGGUCGUUAUCCCUGUGCUUGUCGCUUUCCUGGAUCAGGGUGGUUUCCAAGUUCUCACGACCAUGGUGCGACGGUUCUCGGCCGAGAUUUGCAAAGAUGCUGGAGAGUCAGACGUCGGUGCCACUGCUAGCGCUCGAGUGGCCUCGUUCGGUCUCGGGAAAAUUUUCGAGUUCUUUGCUGCUCUCGUCAACGGCAAGAACAUUUCCGACUCGACCGCACAGUUUGGCAUCCUGCCUCGUUCAGCCGAGAGACGCCCGGACACCCCGAUAUCUCACCAAAUUGUCGUUGAAGUGCGAAUGGCUGUUCUUCCGGUCAUCCGCGAGAUUUGGGAGUCUACGUUGAUCGAGAAGUUGCGACCCGAGGCAGUGGCAAAGGUGAUUGAGAUCCUCAAGAUCAUAUCCGCGGGUGAUCAAGAGCCAUCCCGGAACACGCCAGCGGUCGAACUGUUCAAGAAAUCGACAGUCUUAUUCAACUGGCAGGCCCACACCCCUCUAAUCGGUCUACUUGAAGAAGAUGGGGCCGACGUGGAGCUGGCCCGCGAAGCUGUCUUCAGAGCCAACUGGAACCAACCGUCGGCGACGGAGUAUUGCCGCUCUCACAAGGCUGGCAAAGCAGGCCAGCGGAACCCGGUUCCGCCUGAAGAUGCUUACAAUCCCGACCGCCCUGAGCCAACGAAUCCUCCAAGUCAACCGGAGAGUACGGCGUCGGUACCUGCAGCACCCGCUGAUGCCGAUGCCAUGGCGGUCGAUGUGGCACCGGAAUUCGUUACUCCGGAGUUGGACCGUCUACUUGGUGAUGCCGUCCUUGGCGACUUGGGCAACAGAGCAUCCGCUGAGUGGAAUGGCAACAGCGACGACCGUCCUGCUAUAGCUGACGAAGCUCAAGCGAGGCCCGGUACCUCUACGCCAGCAGCUAUUCCCGAAGAACAGGCCCGUGCUAGUACCGAAAUUCAGGCGACAAGCAAGGAAACCCUCGAUGAGGAACGGUCAAAAUUACGCGACAACCUCAUUGACAGGACUCUCGACAUUGUCCGGGCCCAUCCCCACUCGGCCAUCGAACUUUCAGAGCUCAUCAACGCCAUGAUAUUCCGCCAGCCGAAUGACGAGGCUCGAGAUGAGGUCGGUGCGACUCUGGCAAAUGCGUUGACUUCCCUGUCAUUCGAUGAUAGCGAUUCCAAAGCGAAUGGAACCAGCAUUGCUGCUUAUGCUCAUCUCCUGGCACUUCUUAUGCAAGAGAAGAGUUUCUUCAAAUGCAAUAUCGACACUUUGAGAGAGAAGGUGGACGAGUACAUAUCUUUCCUCGACCUGAAGUCAUCGUCGACUUCAAACAAAGAGCUCCCUCCCUGGAUCCCGUACAUUCUGUUGAUUGUCGAGCUCUUGCUGUCAUACGAUGAGCAGCCCAUCGAAGCCCAAUGGAAGCCUCCGAGCAACGACAACGAGACAGUUGUCCCUGCUGUGCUUCCUCAACGCAACCUCAUUGUUUCUCAUGAGCAGCGGAACAGGCUUGUGGAUGCAAUUCUGAAGCUGCUUCCUGAUCUCGGGAAGGAGGAGACACUCGCAACCUCUGUCCUUCGUGUCAUCGUCAUCUUGACACGUAAGCCCGCCAUCGCGCAAAAGGUCGGAGAAAGGUUAAACCUUUCAAGCUUGUUUGCCAUGGCUAAACAGCUUGCUGUUGUUGGUUCAGCACGAUUGAAAGAAAGCAAAACUACAGGCAGCAUCAUGUCUAUCCUGAGACACAUUGUUGAAGACGAGGAGACACUGAAGCAAAUCAUGCGAGCUGAGAUUCGUAACCUAUUUGACAACCCUCAACGAACUCAGAGAAACCUGGAUCUCAGCACAUACUUGCGUAACAUGGCACCUCUUGCUCUGAGAUCCCCGGAUCUUUUCGUCGAGAUUACCAAUGAGAUGACCAAGCUGUCUCGUUGGACCCCUGGGAGUGAGGGUAGCAGUCGUGCCCAGCAAUUGGCACUCAAGGAGCCUGACUCUGAAUCCAAGACCAAAGCCCAUGACGAGGAGGCCAGCGUCGAGCCGGCUGUGCAGGCCACGGAAGACUUGUCGAUCCAUGAUGUCAAGCAAUCCACAGAAACGGACGACAAGGAAAUGGCAGACGCGCCUAAGCAAGUGACGGAGCUGAAACGGCCGGUAGUCGAGAAUCCCCACGGUAUCAUUCACUUUCUCCUGUGCGAGCUGCUCAAUUUCAGAGAAGUUGAUGACAAGGAGCCUCUACAAGCCGCGAAGGACAACAAGAGUGCCGCGCCAUCAGGAAGCACCCCCACAGAGAGCGCUUCCAAAGAGGCAACGCCAGACAUCCAGGAUGCAGCCGACAGCAAGGACAAGGAUAAAAAGUCCACAAAGCCGGUUUUCAGGGCCGAGGACCAUCCGCACUUCAUCUACAGAUGCUUCCUGCUAAACUGCCUCGCAGAGCUCCUCCAGAGUUACAAUCAGGCCAAGGUGGAGUUCAUCAACUUCAAGCGUACCGCUCCUUUGCAAACGAACACGCCCGUUAAGCCUCGAUCGAAUAUACUCAACUACCUCAUCCACGAUCUCUUGUGCCAAGGUAACCUCAGCGACAACGCAGACAGCAUUCUAUCGAAGAAGAAAGCCGCCACCUCUGCCCAAGCCCAACAGGUUCUUGCUGCGCUCGUAGCCAAGACAGGGGAAAGGGUCAUCGACAAGAGCCGAGACCGCUUCGAAUACGACGACGAGCCCGAUCUACUUUUUGUUCGGAAAUUCGUCUUGGACACUAUUCUCAAGGCAUAUGAGCGUACCGCCACACCCGAAGAACCUGUUGACACCCGCUACCUGAAGAUGCAGUGUCUCGCAGAGUUGAUGAACCACAUCAUCGGCGAGAAGGACAAAGAAACAACAUCUCAGCGCGCACUUGACUCCCCGCAAGGACGAUCGCAAGCACAGUUGCGCAGGAUGAUGUACGAGAAGGGCUACCUCGACAAGUUGACUUCCUCUAUAGCCGAGGUGGACCUGAGCCAUGCCGGCGUCAAGAGGGCUAUCAAGUACGUUCUUAGAGUUCUGCGCGUUCUGACAGACACCGCCAAGGAACUGAGCCGCUCUCAUGUCCUUCCUUCCACAUCUCUUCCCGAGAACGCCGAAGACGACAUCAUCUCGACAUCUUCAAUGUCCGAAAUGGGUGACGACCGCGAAGAAACGCCGGAUCUCUACCGUAACUCCACUCUCGGCAUGCUCGAGCCUCGUGGAAGCGAUGACGAGUCCGACGAUGAGGAUGAAGACGAUGACGAAGAGAUGUACGACGACGACUAUGGCGACGAGCUUGAUUAUGGCGAAGAAGAAGUAUCUGAUGAUGGCGAAGAUGGCGUCAGUGACGAAGACGAAGAACUGGGUGAGAUGGGUCACAUCGAGGGUCUUCAUGGAGAUCCUGGUGUCGUUGAGGUCAUCAUGGGAGACGAAGACGAUGACAUGGACGAGGAUGACGACGACAGUGAGGAUGACGAAAUGGACUCCGACGACAUGGACGAGAUGGAUGAACACAUUGACGUCGUGGAAGAGAUUGUCGACGAAGACGGCAAUCCUAUCGAGGACGACGGCGCCUCGGAUUGGGAGAGUGAAUCAGAGGAAGACGAAGACGAAGACGAUGAAGACAUUGACUAUGAGGCGGAGGCUCAGGACCGCGAAGAGGCUCACGUUCAUGGCAUGGAGUCUGAGGACAUCAUCGAGAACCUAGCCCGAGCAGUCAUGGACCCCGACGACUACGAGGGCGAUGACAUGGAUGAUCUUGGUGAUCACUACAUUGAUGAUGGUCGUGACGAAGAUGACGAUGAAGAUGACGACGAAGACAUGGAAGAAGACGAGCUCAUCUAUGAUGAGGCCUACCCCCAUGACCACCAACCUUCAAACCUCCCUUCUGCACUCGGAUGGGAUACCCUGGUCGUCGAACCAUUCGGAGGCCAGCCUCAACACGCUCAUCGCCAUCGUCAUGGACACCGUAGCCCAUUCCCUCCUGGUUUCAUGGUUGGCGGUGGCCGCGAUCCUCUAGGCGAUUUCCGAAGCUACUUCUCUCCUCGCCACAGACCGAAUGCGGUGCCUAACAAUGCCGACGACGGCGUCAAUCCUCUCCUGCGCCGAAACGGCCAGGGCCGUGAAGCAUCACCCCGCCCUGCGCCGGGUUCUGGUAUGAUUGGCUUGCGUCUGCCUCCUGAAAUCUUUGGUCCGGGUGUACAGCAUUUGUCUAACAGCCCAAUCGCUAUUCUCAACGAUCUCGUCGCAUCUCUUCCAGUCAUGCGACACGGUCAAUCUGCCGUCCACUUGUCCAUUACUCAGAAUGGACGCGGCGAAGUUAGGGAGUACCAUGUUGCCCCCCGCGAAUCUCGGGCAGACAACCGUCGCGAGACGACUUACCACGAGCCCCAACAAGCCGUCGCGUUUACUCCCGAGUCGACGUUCGAGCGUUACCAAGAAGAAGCUCGCAUGGUUUUCGGCGGAGCUCACUUCAUCGAGAAAGCACAGAAGCUCGUCAACAUCCUUCUAUCCAAGCUCGUUCCUCCCGCAAUGGAGUAUGAGAAGAAGCUCAAGGCCGAAGAAGAGGAGCGGCGUAAGGUGCGGGACGAGGAGCGCAGAAAGUUUGAAGAGGAAGCUCGGAGGAUCUUGGAAGCCAAGGAGGCCGAGGAGAGGGCUGCCCGUGAAAAGAAAGAAGCGGAAGAGCGCGAAGAACAAGAGCGUGCUGCUGCUGAAGCCGCUGCCGCCGCCGGAGAGCGUGACAUGGCAUCUACCCAAGAAAGCCACACUGACAGUGCUGGCUCACAAGCCAUGGAAGGGGUCGAAACACAAGAACCUUCCGCACCCGUGGUCGACAACGACGCGGCAGACGACGCUAGUCGCGUCAUGACAACUAUCCGCGGCGAGGAAGUCGACGUCACUGAACUUGGCAUUGACCCUGAUUACCUGGCAGCUUUGCCAGAGGAGUUCAGAGAAGAAGUCAUCGCACAAACGGUCAGCACCAGAAGAUCUCAAGCACGGGAGGAAGCUGCCACCGGCGAACAGGGCGAAGUCUUCCAAGAGUUCCUCGACGCCCUCCCGGAGGACCUGCGCCUAGAAAUAGUUCAGCAAGAACGUCAGGAUGCGCGCCGGCGAGAGAGAGAUGAGCAGCGCCGCCAGGCGACAACCGCUGGCCAAGAUCAGAUCGCAGUAGACAUGGAUCCGGCAAGCAUCCUGUUGACAUUUCCUCCUGAAUUGCGGCAGCAAGUUCUCAUGGAUCAAGGAGAGGACAUCAUGGACCACCUGCCUCCCGAAAUGGCCGCUCAGGCCCGUCUGCUCGCCCAGCAACAUAGCGCUCACCCUGCUGUCACAGGCAGAAGCCCUCCUGUCGUUGCUCGACGACCAGGUGCUCCGCCUGUCGAACUUGGAGAAAACAGCGAGAACAAGGUACAGCGGCGGACAGUGGUGCAGAUGCUGGACAAGCCCGGAGUUGCUACUCUGCUUCGUCUCAUGUUCAUUUCCCAGAUCGGCUCCAUCCGCAACUACCUCUUCAGUGUUCUGGCCGACGUCUGCGAGAACCGUCAAAACCGCCUUGAAGUUAUCAGCACCAUUCUCUUGAUUCUACAAGAAGGAAGCACAGACAUGGAAGCUGUUGAGCGCAGCUUCAGCCAACUCUCUGUGAAGGCCAAGAAGUCCAAGGACAAGGACGCAGACCCCAAGACCCCUCAGAACCUUAAGCGGACUCUGACGUCGCUGAGCGCUGCUGUGCACCAGCAGUCCAACUCGGAGAUAUCGCCACUCAUGGUCGUUCACCAGUGCUUGGAUUUGCUGCAAGAUCUCUCCACCAAGAACCCUCACAUCCCCAUGCUUUUCCUGACAGAACAUGAGGCGGUCGGCUCUUCCCUCAAGCGUACACUCAGCCGCAAGGGCAAGGCCAAGGACUCCAAGGCCCACAAGUAUGCAAUCAAUUCACUGCUCACUCUGCUCGAUAGAGACUUGGUAAUGGAGAGCUCGGUGGUUAUGGCCUACCUCGCCGAUUUACUGAACAAGAUCACUGUACCGUUGGCAACUAUGGAGCGACGCCGUCGGGAAGCCCUAGAGAAGGCUGCUCGGGAUGCAAAGAAGAAGGCUGCGGAAAAUGCAGCGGAAGCCGACCGAGCUUCGACUUCAGCCGCCCAACCCACAAGCAAUCCGGCUGCUGAAGACACCAACGUCGAGACUACCACCGACGUUGAAGCCCAGGAUCAGAAGGGCGAGAGCGUCGAGAAUGCCAAGACCACCGACAAGUCGACAACCCAAAAUGCACCUCGUCAAAUGCAGGUUCCGAUAAUUCCACCGCACAAUCUUACCCUUGUGGUUAAGAUCUUUGUUGCUCGGGAAUGUAGCUCCAAGACUUUCCAAAACACCAUCUCAGCCAUCAAGAAUCUGUCUGCCAUCCCUGGCGCUAAGGCAACGUUCGGACAAGAAUUGGUCCGCCAAGCUCGUGUGUUGAGUGAGAACAUUGUCGCGGAUCUCGAUGAGCUUCUUCCUCAUAUCGAGAAGGCUACCUCCGGAACCGAGAUUCAAGGUGUUGCGCUUGCUAAGUUUUCCCCCGGCGCUUCUGAGCAGAACAAGCUCCUCCGUGUUCUCACGGCGCUCGAUCACUUAUUCGACAACAAGAAGAAGAGUGACAAGGCGGACGAAGAAACCGAGACCGGCAUCAACGAAAAGCAGGACCUCGUUACUUCACUGUACCACAAUUCGACCUUCUCUAUGAUGUGGGAGAAACUGAGCGCCUGUCUCAGCGCUAUCCGUGAGCGGGAGAACAUGGUUAACGUAGCGACGAUCCUUUUGCCACUGAUAGAAUCGCUCAUGGUCGUCUGCAAGAAUACCGCUAUGAACGAUGACUCGCAAACUCAGAACCAGACAAGCAAGGAGAUGCUGCUAUCAAGCCCGCCCCCAGAGAAUCGCAUGGCCGGCCUUUUCUUCACCUUCACCGAGGAUCACCGCCGAAUCCUCAAUGAGCUGGUCCGUAACAGCCCCAAGCUCAUGUCCGGCACGUUUUCGCUUCUGGUCAAGAAUCCAAAGGUUCUCGAGUUCGACAACAAGCGCAAUUACUUCAACCGCAGUGUCCACAGCCGUUCCAGUAACAAUCAACGACCGUCAUUCCCUGCGUUGCAACUCUCGGUACGUCGCGAGCAUGUGUUCCACGACUCCUUCAAGUCGCUUUACUUCAAGACCGGCGACGAGAUGAAGUAUGGCAAGCUCAACAUUCGUUUCCACAACGAGGAAGGUGUCGACGCCGGAGGUGUUACCCGCGAGUGGUUCCAGGUCUUGUCCAGGCAAAUGUUCGAUGCCAACUAUGCCCUCUUCAUCCCGGUCUCCUCCGACCGUACCACAUUCCACCCCAACAAGUUGAGUGGCAUCAACGACGAGCAUCUCAUGUUCUUCAAGUUCAUUGGCCGCAUCAUCGGAAAGGCCUUGUAUGAGGGUCGGGUGCUCGACUGUUACUUCAGCCGCGCUGUGUACAAGCGUAUUCUCGGCAAGUCGGUGUCCGUCAAGGAUAUGGAAUCUUUUGAUCCGGAUUACUACAAGUCUUUGGUAUGGAUGCUCGACAAUGAUAUCACGGAUAUCAUCACAGAGACAUUCUCAGUGGAGGACGAUGAGUUCGGUGUGACUCGUACCGUUGACCUUUGCCCCGGCGGCCGCGAUAUUGCCGUCACCGAGGAGAACAAGCAUGACUACGUGAGAUUGGUCGUGGAGCACAAGCUGCUGUCGUCUGUUAAGGAACAGAUGGAACAUUUCUUGAAGGGAUUCCAUGAUAUCAUUCCCGCGGAUCUCAUCUCCAUUUUCAACGAGCAGGAACUGGAACUUCUCAUCUCCGGCUUGCCCGACAUUGACGUUGACGACUGGAAGAGCAACACGGAAUACCACAACUACACUCCGUCAUCACCGCAGAUCCAAUGGUUCUGGCGAGCGAUCCGCUCAUUCGACAAGGAAGAGCGCGCCAAGCUGUUGCAGUUCGUGACUGGAACCAGUAAGGUGCCUCUCAAUGGAUUCAAGGAGCUCGAGGGUAUGAAUGGUAUCAACCGCUUCAACAUCCACCGAGACUAUGGCAACAAGGAGCGUCUGCCCAGUUCCCACACAUGCUUCAACCAACUUGAUCUCCCAGAAUACGAGAACUACGAAAUGCUUCGCCAACAACUCAUGAAGGCCAUUACAGCAGGAAGCGACUACUUCGGCUUUGCAUAA